AUGGCGAAGCGUUUCAUCAACGACCCCGAAGAUGUCGUUCCAGACCUCAUGCAAGGUCUCGCCCUGGAUUCUUCCCGUGUCACCCUCGUCGAUCCAGCAUGUGGUCAUUCCAUUGCCGUCCGCUCCUCGCUUGCAGCCAAAGCAUAUCCUCCGCGCGUCUCCGUUGUUAGUGGUGGCGGUUCAGGGCAUGAACCCAUGGCUGGCGGCUACGUUGGCGAUGGGAUGCUGGCUGGGGCUGUCGCGGGAGCAGUUUUCGCUUCACCUUCUAUCCCAGCCAUUUCUACUCUGCUGGAAACUGUCGCGCCCUUUUCAUCUGGCAUUGUCGUCAUAGUCAUGAACUACCAAGGUGAUCGUCUCAACUUUGGGGGAGCUGUCGAUGCCUUGAAGGCUAGUAAUCCUAACUGUCCCGUAAACAUUGUCGUCGUCGGUGAUGAUGUGGCACUGCCAGGCAAUUCCGAACCUAGAGGCAUCGCUGGGACAAUAUUCGUGAUCAAGGUUGCAUGUGCUGCAGCGGACGAUGGACGCCCCAUGAAGGAGGUUGUCAAAAUAGCAGAGACUGCAUCUAAGAGCGUUGUAAGCUAUGGUGUUGCGCUUGAACCGUGCACGAUACCAGGGCACACAGUUGAUACCGAGCGUCUCGGCCACAAUGAAUACGAGUGCGGAAUGGGCAUUCAUGGAGAAGGAGGAGUAGAAAAACAAGUAUUUCCAAAGAACGCUAUGUCUAGCUUCACGAGCGAUGUUGUGACAACGAUAUGCACUCAUCUAGAUGUCGCUCUGCAGGAAAAACUCAAACAAACAAGUACUUGUAGUGCAUUGGCUGUGAUGGUCAAUAACCUUGGCGCGGUGCCGACAACAGAAAUGCUUAUUGUGCGCAAGGCAGUUGCUGAUUUUCUCUUCUCCAAAGGCGCACCUGUAUUCAAUGGCCAAACAUACAAAUCGCACAUGUUUGAAGGUUUGUUCAUGACGUCCUUGCAGAUGGUGGGAAUAUCCAUAUCAUGCUUCAUGUUGCCUUGCGAUGACGGUGACAUGGAGCGGCUGCUACAUACAAGCACCGCGGUGGAUGCCUGGGAUUGUGGAUUUCCUCUACUCCCUUCGAGUGAACGCCGGGUAAUUCCAGCGCCAUCUUCAAGAACUUCACUAGAAGCGAACAAAAGCACCAAGAGAACUGGGCUUGACCCUGGAACGAAAAUGAACAUUUCUGCAAUCACUGCUUCCCUGCUGGAUGCUGCAGAAGAUCUUGCCACCCUCGACAGGAAGACUGGAGAUGGCGACAUGGGAGAUACAGUGAAGCGCGCCUGUAACAGAAUCCGAGCAGACUUGGAUAGUGGUGCGUACUCAGCAGCAGCGGGGGACCCUUCUCAUUUGUUCAAGCUCUUAGCUGUUAGUACUGGAGAAUCCAUGGGAGGGUCCAGUGGAGGCUUUACCUCAAUCUUUCUUGACACGGCUGCGGAGUCGUUCAAUAAGCAACCCGAAUAUUCAUGGCGCGCCGCUUUUGCCGACGCUACGCGGGCUGUGAUGAAAGCUGGUGGUGCUCAAUUGGGAGACCGGACACUAGUUGACGCCUUAAAACCAGCUGCUGACGUGCUGGCAGAAGGAAAACCACUGCAAGAAGCGGUUCAAGCAGCCCACACGGGAUACGAGCUGACGAAAUCAAUGACAAAAGCAAAGCACGGUAGGAGCUCGAAGGUCCGUAGUUCGGAGCUCUUGAGCCAUGGCGACCCCGGCGCGUACGCUAUCUACAUUAUUCUGAAUGCGCUGAAGAAUGUGGCGCGUCAGUAG